CUUUCACUUUUCAACAUGGCGUUAGACUUCAAAUUAUGUACUUGUGCAGUUUGCUUGAUAAAUAAAGGUAUCAGAUCAAAAUCUUUAACACCUAUAACACCUUCAGUGCGCGAAAAAAUUCAAGAAUACAUCUGGCCAAACUUCGAUUCUGAUCUUGGAAUUUGUCCUUCUGUAGUUUGUUCCAACUGCAGAAGAAACUUAUUUAGUCUAAACAAAGGGGAGACUGCAUAUCUUUCCAACUGGUUAGAGACUAUAUCAAAGAUAAAUAGAAAUACUAUUAGGAGAACCUCUUCACUGCAAUGUAUCCAGACAGAUGUUGAGCCAGAAUUGAAUUUUUCAAGUGCAAAUAAGAAAAUCUGUGGGCUCUGCUAUUUGAAUCUUGGUAGAGGAAUUUCUCAUGAUUGUUGCAAAAGUAAAGCUGUUAACAAUAUAAUUGAUAUUAGUGAAUCGCUUGGAUAUAAAGGUGCAGAGCAAGUAGCUUCUGGAUUGUUAAAACGUAAAAUGGAACGUGAAAACAUUGUAAGUGGAGAGCAGUUCGUGUUGUCUACUGGUGGAAAUCUUCUCUCUGUUACAGUUGGAGUAAAUGAAAAUAAGUCGAAAAGAAAGAAAGUAAAUCAAGUUUCAUUCCAAACUAUUAUGGAGUUAUCGAAUGUAUUAGAACUCUCUAAGAACAAAACUAAAAAACUGUGUUCUACUUUACGCAGUAAUCUAACUGGUGUAGAAUCAAACAUUAAUAUUAAAAUGACUGAAUUACAGGAUACUCUAGAAACUUUAUAUGAAUGUAAAACUGAAGAAUUCCUUGACGGUGAUGAAAUAGUUGUUAGAGAUAUAGUUUAUGUCAAGAAUACAACUGAAUUUAUCAAAUUUAUAAUUGAUGAAAGAGGUAUUGAUACCCCUAAUGCAAUAGCAAGAAUAUCUAUAGAUGGUGGUCAAAACUUCCUUAAAGUUAUUAUUAAUGUUUUUGAUCCAAAAAAUCAUUAUUCUUCAUCUGAAAUGUAUGAAGAUUCUGGUGUGAAACGUUGUUUUAUCCUUGCGAUUGUGGAGAUGGUUUCAGAGGAUAAUGGCAAUCUCCAAAAAUUAUUGGAACCUUUGAAACUCGAAGAAGUAGAUUUUAGUUUAGCAUUUGAUUUAAAAUGUGCAAACAGUGUUUUUGGACUUUCAAGUCAUUCUGGAAAAUAUGCUUGUCUUUAUUGUGAAGGAAAAAAAAGACUAAAUGUGCAGGAUUUCAAAAAUGUUAUAAAUCCUCGUUUAAUAUACUUAAAAGAAAAUCAACAAUGUGGUGAAGCUGUUCACCACAAAUUUAAAAAAACUUGGGUAAACUAUAAAAGAACUAUAGGUCACAAAAAUUAUGGAAAAAAGCUAAAAUCUGCUGUAGUUAAUUUUAAUUUAAAUAAUCAGUAGCAUUAAUAUAA